CGGAGGCGCAACGGCCGCCCCCAGGCCUGCGAGCCAUGCCGCCGGCGCAAAGUCGCCUGUGACCACAGACUUCCUAUUUGCUCGAGGUGCAUACGAAAGAGCGCCCCCCAAAGCUGCCGGUACCUCAUCAAGGGCCAGCUUGUAACGCCGGCUCUGUCUUCAGUCGGUGCUAUAAGACGCCAAUCGGCGGAUAGCCGGCAGCAUGGACAGCCGGCAGAGCCCAGCCCACCAACAUUAAGCCCGACAGCUCUUAAAGAUCUUGCUUCACCUUCAGAUAGAAUUAGUGGCUACCUCGGGGCAACGAGCUUCCCAGAAUUCUACCGCGAGACUCAAAAGCACCUCGAUUGUGUAGCCGGCCUUGAGCCAACCCGUGAUGGCUUAGCCGGCAGCAAUAACAGCGGCAUGACGUCGACUAAUACGGUAGUCCCAGAUGCAGCUGCUUUUGAGGCUGCCUUUGCUGUGCUACGGCUAAUACCAGAACAGGGAGGAGCCAAUUUCUUAUACGCAAGGAAUGUGAACCCUUCAGACGCUUGGUGCCGCCUCGCCGUGGACCGACUCCACGACUCACUGUGGAAGACGCUGGGACACUUUUUAGAAGGGGAGAGAAGCAACGAGGCAUUGUCACAGAUGGCGUUGUUUCUUUUUCAAAAUAGUUCCAAGCCCCUUCGGGAAGAUUUCACAGACCCUGACGAAUGGUAUGACGCCUUCUCUGGGGUCAAUUUUCGCUGGGAAAGCAUUGGCAUCUUAUUCGGAUAUUGGACUUUUGGAGCCACUUCACUGUUAGAAAACGGUAACCACGAACAUGGCACAACGAAAUGCCUCAACCUCUGCCGACUGGCCAACUGUAACAACACAAUGAUGGUAUUCCUCCUACACCUGAGCAGUCUGUCAGCCUCGCUCAUCACUGGUGACACAGGUGCGGAAUUCUGGUGUCUGCAUGCAGAAGCCGUCGCCAUGGCUACUUUUCUCGGUCUCCACACACCUCAGUCAUCCGGCUCGCUGCCAGAAGAAUCAGUAGCUGUCCAGGCUAAGCGAAAGAUCUUUGGUGCCGUCUUCAAUGCUGAUAUGAUGUUGUCGACUUUGACUGGCCGGCCGCCGCUGCUUAGGAGCAGGCUUUGUUCCACACCACCACCCCUCGAUAUCGACAAUGCUUCAUUAUUUGAUCCCAAGAUCACGGACUACCGUCUGGACAAGGAUGGAUGGAAUCUCGAUGGAAAGUUUUACCCCAUGACGUUUAUACGGGCUCAACACAUGAGCUCAAAGAUACGGAGCGAAAUCUUGGAGAUGGUGCUCCAAGCACCCAAUGUCGCGAGUAACAACUAUGAUAUUGACGAACUGCGCAAACGAGAAAUGGAAACCAUAUCACGAUUUCCAAUAGGACUACGGCUUAGAAGCGAAGACUUUAGUGAUCCCGAAAUUAACGGCAUCACCCUCUACAGCAGAUUGAUAGUACGAUUGGAGCACCUAAGCAGCCUCUUCUUCAUUGAGAAGCUGUCGUACAAGGGAGAUGGUCUUUACAGCGCACAAACACUUGAGAUUAGUCUGGAAAUGAUUUCACUUACCGUUACGUUCUGGACGCAGCAGAAUCGCCUGGAUGGUCUACAGGGAGACUACGAGUGGCUC